AGGCGGCUUGAUGAGGAGACUGUGAAUCGAAUAGCUGCUGGAGAGGUCAUUCAUAGACCAGCAAACGCACUCAAAGAGUUGCUUGAAAACAGCAUCGAUGCAGGCUCGACCACCAUUUCGAUUCAAGUCAAGUCUGGUGGACUAAAACUACUACAAGUAACAGACAAUGGGCAUGGAAUCAAAAAGGAGGAUUUGAAGAUCGCAGUAGAGCGAUUCACAACGAGCAAGUUGUCUAAGUACGAGGAUCUUACUUCCAUAAGCACAUUUGGAUUCAGAGGAGAAGCACUUGCAAGCAUUAGUCAUGUAGCUCACUUAAACAUAACAACUAUGACGGCCGACAGUGCCUGCGCGUACAAAGCUCACUACAAAGACUCAAAACUCAUUCCGCCAGUUGCUUGUGCUGGUGUAAAAGGAACAACCAUCACGGUGGAGGAUUUGUUUUACAAUGUACCCAACCGGCUAAAGGCAUGGAAACAUUCAAGUGAUGAUUUGCUUGUAAUGACCCCUUCUCAGGCAUUAAAAAAUCCCACAGAGGAAUACAAUAAGAUAGUAGAGGUAACUUACACGUUUGUAUCCACUGUUGCAUUAAAGCUGCAGCAGGCUGGAGAAAAUUCAGGAGAUGUCAGAACCAGAGUUAAUUCUUCUUCAAAGGAGAACAUUAGAAACAUCUACGGUGCUGCACUUGCUCGCGAACUCAUUGAGUCGUUGAAAGUGAAAGUACUCUACCCUGAUUGCCGACACAAGUGCCUUAUUUCUGGUUUCCAGCUGAACAUGCAAUUGAGUAAUCCAAAUUACAGCGUGAAAAGAACGAUUUUUAUCCUUUUUAUUAAUGGGAGAUUGGUGGAAAGUGGCCCAAUCAAAAGGGUUCUUGAAAGCGUCUACUCGCAGGCAUGCCUACACCAUAUGAACUUUGUUUGCAUUGUGCAGUUGACAGAGGAACAGUAUCUGCCGAAAGGAUCUCAUCCAUUUGUGUAUAUGUCGCUCAAGUUCCCCCCCAGUCAACUAGAUGUCAACGUGCAUCCAACAAAACAGGAAGUACGGUUCCUCGAUGAAGAAGAAGUAGUUCAAUACAUCCAAGAUGAAAUCGAAAAAUGUCUCUUAGGUGCCAAUGCAUCACGGACAUUUUCUAUCCAAACACUGCUACCUGGUGCCCCUGAGAAAUCUAAAGCCGAUUCCGACGACGAGCAGCCUGCGAACCGUUCUGUAAAUAAUGUGGCGCCGAGUAAACAAGUACGUGUAACAGCAGCAACCGAAGCUGGUCAGAUGGAAAGAUUCGUCACGCGACUCCCUCCCAUCACCGAUACUUCUCAAGCCAGAGUCACAAGGUCGAUAAUAAUUCCAGUGUGCUAUGCUCGCAAGAGGCAGCGCGGCGAUCCAGCAGGUGGACUGGUUCCGUCAGAUAGGCGGGUGUUGGAUGCAGAGACAGAAUCCUUGCCACCAACGGUACGCAAACGACAGAGACAGCGGGCUGAGUGCAACUUGACGUCGAUCAAGAAUCUCAUCAACCGGGUUGAAAACAAGACACACGAGGCGCUCGCGGAGAUUUUUCGUGAUCAUGCGUUUGUUGGAUGUGCAUCAGAGACCCUGGCGUUGAUACAACAUAGUACUAAGCUUUACCUUAUUGACUUGCCUGCUGUUUCUAGAGAGACGGUCUAUCAAUCCUGCCUGAAGAGGUUUGGAGACUUCGACAGGAUCGAGUUAACAACUCCAGCACCGAUUAGAGAUCUUGUUCGUGCGGUCUUGGAUACUCCACAGAGCGGCUGGACCCCUGAAGAUGGUGACAAGGAUGAGAUCUCUGAGUACGUCACAGAUUUGCUUGUGAGACAAAAGGGUGAGAUGCUGGAUGUCUACUUUGCUAUGAAGUUUGAUGACCAGAAUGAGACAAUUUGUAGCCUGCCUGAAUUGAUCGACAACUUGCUCCCUCCGAUGGAGCUCCUUCCAAUGUUCUUGCUUCGGCUUGCCAUUCAGGUUGACUGGACGAACGAGGAGAAAUGUUUCCACACCAUAGCCAAGGAGCUGGCGGACUUCUACAUGAACCGAUCAGGGGGAGAGGGAAACGAUCGCGAAGCAUCAGCGGAGUCACAGGCAGAAAAGCUUCGGAAUGCUGAAUGGUCUUGGACCAUGCAGCACGUUAUGUUUCCCUCGAUACGGUUUCUCCUACAGCCACCCAAGUCCUUCUCGGAUGACGGGAGCGUCGUGCAGCUUGUCUGCACGUCUCAGCUCUACCGAGUUUUUGAGCGAUGUUAG